AGCAUAACACCAAGGUACCAAGUCGUGCUAGUCAACGUUAUUCGAUGCUAGAAGGGACCGUUUCUCCUUCGGACCUUCUAUAUGCUUAAUUCAAUCCCGCUCACAUAUGUUGACCAUAUCUUUAACUACUCAGGUAUGAAUUGUCGGUUUACGCGGGACCUACGGAGUACAUCCCUAUUCCCUAACGACCUCUACUCGUACGGUCGUACCCUCCUUUCGUGUCCGCUGUUGUGGAAAGUACUACAUAGUGGGAUUGUACUAGUAUGUGCUACACCAUCCCACAGUCCCCAUGGACGCAGGCAAGUUCAACUUACCGAGCUCAAAUCUCGUCUCCAUUUCAGUAGCUGCGCAAGCCCUCCUCUCAGAUCGUGUGAGACGAAAUGUUUAGCUACUACCUUAGUACCUACUACAGGAACAGAGAUCGGCAGCAAAACGUGUCGGGUUAUCAGUCUACCCGUAUUCUAUGGCCUCACCAAACAAAAGCAUCACGAUUGUUAUCUAGCCAAGAUUAGGAAGCGGAGCUCUCUCUGUUCCGCUUCAUGGAGGGUUGAGAUCCCCUAGACAGUAGGGUAUCGUAAAACAACAACCAGUCAUCUGAACCACGCCCCUUUUUCCUGUGCUGUCUACCCUUUUCAAGGCCGUUAUACAUUGCCCCUGGUUUCACCACCACAACCCCGUCCAUCAGGCACACCAACAGACAUCCUGGCACAUCAACAUAAAGUCAUUGAUGAAUUUCCCUUGGUCAUUGCAAUAGGCGUGUGUGUUGUCAGACAUGACACACAAGUUGUAGUGUGCUGCCGUCUUGCACUUGGGUUGGCCAACCGCUGCCGCUUCAGGGGUAGCAGCGUCGGCGGCAGAUGUGCUGCUCUCGAUGCUGGCUUCCACAGGCGCAGCGAGGAUGGUUUGCGGCAUGAGAAGCAGCAUUGCUGCGGCGAAGAUGCUGAGGACC